UGCGCGAGCUUACAGUGAUUCUGCUCGAGCGCCUUCACUUUCUGCCGCAACUCAACCAAAUUAUCACAUUUAUUUCCAUAGAAAUCACAGCGAAAACCGAUCGGACUUAACAAUCAGCAUCGGAAUAACAUUUCAAAGCGUUUCCCCGCCUCUCUUCCCGAUUUCUGGACUGCGAGACAUGGAUAGAUGGAAAAGUUUGGCUGUUUUUGGUGUCUGUGAGGGAGUUCGAUACGGGCGAUGAGUCCCGUGAAGAGAUUUCACACAUCUGACUGGAAAAACACUCAUUUACUGCGCUCAUCUACACAAUUAACCACUUAUUAAACUAAGCCAGUGGAGAUAUGACUAUAGAAGCGGAUCUCUGUCCCUCACACACACACACGUGCUGGAGGUGUGAUGUUGAGCUGUGAGGCCGGUGUGUGUGGCGAGACGAGCAGAAUCAUUGAUGGCUGGAUGUAGGGGUCCGAUGGUGUGUUAAAGGCGCCAUGGGGAGCUGCUGUAGCUGUCCCGAUAAAGAGAUCAUCCCUGACAACCAUCACAACAAAUUCAAGGUGAUAAACGUGGAUGAUGACGGUAAUGAGCUGGGCUCAGGUGUGAUGGAGUUAACGGAGGAAGAGCUCUUUCUGCACACGCGCAAACGAGAUGCCGUUAAGUGGCCCUACCUCUGCCUGCGUCGCUAUGGUUACGACUCCAACCUCUUCUCCUUCGAGAGCGGCCGGCGCUGCCAAACCGGUCAAGGGAUAUUUGCGUUCAAGUGUGCGCGGGCCGAGGAGAUCUUUAACAUGCUGCAGGACAUCAUGCACAACAACAGCAUCAGUGUCGUGGAGGAGCCCGUUCUAGAGCCUGAACUUCCAGUGACGCCUCACAUUCCCACCACUCCCGGUUACUCUGUCCCAACGGUAGCCAAUGGGAUCGGCCGUUACCCGUCAUUCGGCGACGCCUCCUCACAGCCAUCCAGCCGCCACCCUUCAGUGGGCAGCACUAGGUUACCGUCAGUAGGGGAGGAGUCCACACACCCACUGCUGCUCAACGAUGAAACGGUGCACACUUACGUGAACACGACGGGUCUACAAGAGGAGCGGCGCUCUCGCGGCGGUGGCCACGCCCCUCUGGAACUCCGGACGUCCAAUCCAGAGAGCGCAGCCGCAGCGUCGCCCAAUGAGCUGGAGCCGCACGUGGUGUUGGAGCCGGAGGGCGUGAAGUUUGUUUUAGGCCCUACGCCUGUCCAGAGACAGAUGCUGCUCAAGGACAGGCAGGAAGAGCGGGGCGAGCAGGACGCAGGAGCGGCGGGUUCCAGUACUGAUGCCACUUCUCCCGCAAAGACUGUAAACGGCGGCACGGACUGCGACACCGGCUACGACAGCGACGAGCGCAAGGAGACGCAUGAGACUCAUAACGGAGUGCCGCCGAUCAUCGGAUCCGGUGCGAGACGCAACAGACCUCCCGUUCCGCUCCCAGACGCCCACAACGCUAACAACUCAGCCCAGCGGCGGACCGCGCUGCUCAACUACGAGAACCUGCCGGCGCUGCCGCCCGUUUGGGAAACCCGCAAACCCAACAGCCACGAGGAGGAACUCAAAUCGCCGUCUCUAAACGGCUUCCAGCACACCCCCAAACCCCCCACCACGCCCCUGCCGCCCACCCCCACGCGCCGGACAGAGCUGUACGCCGUCAUCGACAUCGAGCGCACGGCUGCCAUGUCCAGCCUGCAGAAAGCACAGCCACGGGACGACGGCACAUCCAGGAAAACACGACACAACAGUACCGACCUGCCCAUGUGACCCGACCAGCCAGAAGUUUAUCUCACCAUAAACACCUUUAGGUCACAUUUCACUACUGAAUAUCAAGAAAUAAAUAAUUAUAUUCCAAAGUAAGCCAUUUUUACACAUGCAAACUCAAA